AUGCUUCAUGUCAAUGGAGGAAGAGGAGACACGAGCUAUGCUUCUAACUCCUUGCUCCCGCAAAAGGUAAUAUCUAUGACCCGGCCAAUCGUGAAGGAAGCCAUAACCAAUUUCUUCUGUCGCUCCACAAAUUUUCCGACCACCUUAACUACAGCAGAUUUAGGUUGCUCUUCAGGAUCGAACACUCUCAUGUUUGUCUCCGAUCUGAUCAAACAAGUGGAGGACAUUCGUCACAAGUUUCACAAAAAGCCUCUAGAAUAUCAAGUUUUCUUAAAUGACCUCCAUGGGAAUGAUUUCAAUGCCAUUUUCACAUCUUUGCCAAGUUUUGUGGAGGAUUUGAAGACCCAACUUGGAGGUGGUCUUGGUCCAUGUUUCUUCAAUGGUGUUCCGGGUUCUUUCUACGGCAGGCUUUUUCCUACCAAAAGUUUGCAUUUUGUUUAUUCUUCUUAUAGUCUUCAUUGGCUCUCUCAGGUUCCAAAAGGGAUAGAGAAUAACAAAGGAGAGAUUUUCAUGGGCAGUACAAGUCCAAAGAGUGUGCUUGAGGCUUAUUACAAGCAAUUUCAGAAGGAUUUUUCAAUGUUUCUGAAGAGUCGUGCAGAAGAAUUAGCAAUUGGAGGACGUAUGGUUCUAACAAUGAUAGGAAGAACAAGUGAAGACUCGUCUAGCCAAGAGUAUUGUUAUGUUUGGGGUUUCUUGUCUUUAGCUCUCAAUAACAUGGUUGCUGAGGGAAUUGUUGGAGCAAAAAAAGUUGACUCGUUCAAUAUUCCAAACUAUAUGCCAUCUCCAUCGGAAAUGAAAGGUGAAAUCUUAAAUGAAGGAAGCUUCACUAUUGAUCGUCUUGAAGUUUCGAGAAUUAAUUGGGAUUUCUACGAUACAGAAUCACACCAACCAAAUAUAUUUGUUGACAGUGGCUACUAUAUUACUCAAAAUAUUAGAUCUGUAAUUGAACCACUACUAAUUUGUCACUUUGGAGAAACCAUUAUCGAAGAACUUUUCUAUCGAUAUAGAAAAAUUAUUGAUAAUCACGUGUCAAAAAACAAGAUUGAGUUUGUCAAUCUCACCGUUUCUCUUUCACUAAAAUAA